AUGUUGUCAUUGGGCCCUCUAGGGGGCCCCCCGGGGGCCCCCCAGUGUUUCAAAGGCCGCAGCAGCUGGAGCACUGCGGCGAGGGCUGUGGGGUUGCUGCUGCUGCUGCAUCAGCUAGCAGCAGCAGCAGCUGUCUCAAGCUCAACAGGAGCUCCCAAGCUGGCCUUUCAGGGGCUGCUGGGUACCCUUGCGCGAGAGCGGAAUACCCCUAGGCAGUCUAUUCUGGGGCCCCCCGGGGGCCCCCAGUGGGGGCCUCCAGGGGGCCCCACUUGUGGGGGCGCCUGGGGCCCCCAGGGACCCCUAUGGGGGCCUCCAGGGGCCCCCACAAGUACCACUUUGACCCCAGAAGCUUCUUUUCAGAAGGCCCCAAGGACUUCUUUGCAUGCAAAAGGCCGCCCUAAGGGCGGGGGUGGUGUUGGCCCUAAGAAGAAGACUGCGCAGCAGAAGCAGCAGCAGCAGCUGAUGCUGCUGAAGCAGCAGCAGAAGCAGCAGAAGCUGCAGCAGCUAGGGGGGUUUGCGAAGCACAAGAAAGCCAAAAAAGCUGCUGAGGGAGGGGCUGCAGCAAAAGGCGCAGCAGCUACCAGGGGGCCCCGCAAAGCAGCAGCAGCAGCAGAAGAGGACCCGGAUAUCUCAGCAGCAAACUUGAGCACCAAAGAGCUUCCUUAUGAUUUAGUGCCCCCGGAAGUGUUUGAAGUGUAUAAGGCCUUUGGGCGUUUGGGAGACCCUUUUGCCCCUCACGCCUCUUUGCCUCCUUCUCGCCGCAUUUUCUUAGAUCGUUUAUUUAAGGGUUUUACUCGGUGA